AUGCUGGAUGACACGGCAGAAACGUUGUGUUAGGGAGAGACUGCAAUGCCAGCAUCCCAGCCACGGUCCAGGGCAAGAGACAGGAACAAUGUCCUCAACAGGGCUGAGUUCCUCUCCCUGAAUCAACCCUUGAAGGGGAACCAGGAAAGCCGGAGCUCCAGCAGAAAGCAGAGUGCCCAGGCUGGGGCAGCUGGUGCCGUGAACAGCAACCCCAAGGAGCGGAGGCAGUCGCAGCAGCUGCCCGAAGAGGACUGCAUGCAGCUCAACCCCUCCUUCAAGGGAAUCGCCUUCAACUCCUUGCUGGCCAUCGAUAUCUGCAUGUCUAAGAGGCUGGGAGUCUGUGCUAACAGAGCCUCCUCCUGGGGUGGUGCCCGCUCCAUGAUUAACCUCCUGGGGAUAACAGGGCACGGGAUCCCCUGGAUUGCGGGUACGCUCAUCUGCCUGGUGAAGAGCAGCACGCUGGCAGGUCAAGAGGUCCUCAUGAACCUGCUGUUAGGUGAGUGGCAAACCUCCCUCCCCACCGGGAAAGCCCAGCCCUGGUCAUAA